AUGGAGAAAAGGGGAUCUAACAGUAGCCUUGCCGUUAAUUCUGAAUCCGAUCAUGUCGAAGUCCUAGGGGAUGGCCGGGUCAAUCUUGGCAUGCGACACGUGUGGCGUGUAACACAGCAAAUACCCCUGUUGAGAGACCAGGGGACACCAGACGAUGGCAAUGUCACCGUGGAGCCACCACAUAUGAACAUAGUCAUUCAGGUUGUUGGUUCACGAGGCGACAUUCAGCCAUUUGUUGCGUUGGGGGUAGCUCUAAAAAAGGCAGGUCAUCGUGUCCGUGUCGCAACACAUGAGACAUUCCGUCCCUUUGUCCAAGACGUUGGCCUCGAAUUUUUCAACAUUGGCGGUGAUCCAAAGAGACUGAUGGCAUAUAUGGUAAAAAACCCCGGUCUUCUUCCCAGCAUGAAGGCCCUUCGAGAAGGCGCUGUUCGCGAGAAGAAAGACGACAUACGUGAAAUCCUUGAAGGAUGCUGGAGAUCAUGUUUCGAGCCGGACGAAGGCGAAGGCGACCAAGAUGUAACGCCGUUUCUUGCCAACGCCAUUAUUGCGAACCCUCCUUCAUUUGCACAUUUGCACUGUGCAGAAAAGCUAGGGAUCCCGCUCCAUCUGAUGUUUACAAUGCCCUGGUCGCCGACACAAGCAUUCCCUCAUCCUUUGGCCAAUAUUCAAUCCACUUCACUUGAUAAAAAGAUCACAAAUUAUCUUUCAUAUAUCCUCCUUGAGGAGUUGAUCUGGGAAGGGCUGGGCGAUACGAUCAACUCAUUCAGACGUAAGACUCUCGGUCUACCAAAAAUUAACAGAUCAUCGGGUCCAAAUUUGGUAUCCCGAUUAGCAAUACCAUAUACAUACUGUUGGUCUCCCGCGUUAAUUCCAAAGCCUGAAGAUUGGGGGACAAGUAUAUCAGUGUCAGGCUUCUACUUCUUGCCGUUGGCUUCCGAUUACACUCCUCCUUCAAGCCUACAGACAUUUCUUAAUGCAGGGAGUCCGCCAAUUUACAUCGGUUUUGGCUCGAUUGUCAUUGAUGAUCCAAAGUCGCUCACAUUACUGCUCCUGGAGGCUGUGCACCUAGCCGGUGUGAGAGCUAUCAUUUCAACGGGCUGGAGCGGCUUAGGUGAUUUAGAUAUGCCACCUGAGAUACACAUGCUAGCGGAUUGUCCCCAUGAUUGGAUUUUUCAGCGCGUUUCAUGCGUGGUGCACCACGGAGGAGCCGGCACCACGGCAGCAGCGAUUGCAGCAGGAAAACCGUCAGUCGUCGUACCUUUCUUUGGGGAUCAACCCUUUUGGGGCAAUAUGAUUGUCAGAGCAGGAGCAGGACCCGACCCAAUACCCUUCAAAAAUCUCACGGCCAUCAGACUUGCGGGCGCGAUUGAAACCGCACUCACGAGCUCUGUGCAAGCAAGGUCCCAUUUAUUGGGGGGCAUUGUCAACGACGAAGACGGUGUUGAGGCUGGAAUCCGUUCAUUCUACAAACAGUUGAAUUUGUCGUUAUUACAGUGUUCAUUGACUCCGAUGAGUGCGGCAACCUGGCGAAUUCGGAAGACCAAUAUCAGACUCGGUUCAACUUCUUCCGCGUUGUUAGUAGACACAGGUUUGCUUGACUUGGAGAAGCUCGAGUUACUACGACCCUGUAGUUACCAUAUUCAUGUUGGACCGCAGGAUCCCAUCUCUGGUAUGGCUCUGGCAAUGCUUGAUUCAGCUGGCUCAGCUCUUCAAGGCUUCGAGGACAUCGGCUCUUCAGUAACUAGGAACUUCAAAAGCAAGCCGAAGGCCCCUGGACACGAGCAUCGAUUAAGAGAUUCGAGAGCUGGCGUUUGUCUAAAAGGGAUGACCCGAAUCUCAGCCAGCCUAGUGCGCGCGCCGGUCCACAUGGGGGUGGCGCUGACAGAAGGCCUACACAACACCCCGAAGAUGUGGGGAGACCGCACAGUAAGACCUUUGGAUGAUGUUCACGAUCUCCCCAGUGGACUGAAAGCUGGUGGCAAGGAAAUGUGCUUUGGUCCCUACGACGGAGUGUCGAACCUAGGCACAGAUCUUGUUUCUAAUGCUCGGCACCAUCGUGCGCUGAGCGCAAUAUCUGGAAUUGGAAUCGACAUACUGUCGGGUAUUUUCAAGGCUUUAUCUGGUGUAUCAGCCAUUGUCACCUAUCCUUUGGGAGGCUUGGACGCCGAGGUUUCUCAGUGGUUCGCCCGGAGAUACGUAUCAACGAUGGAUAUUCAAUUGGUGGAACAAGGCCGAAGCGAGUACGCGAAAUUGAGCAGCGAGGAUCGCGCGAGCAUUACCCACGAGUUUCGAGAAGCGACAUCGGGUAUUCCGAAAAAGCGAUUGAAAAACAGAAUUAUAAAAAGCAAAAAGGUUGACAUGAAUCCAGGGAGGACUAAAUAG